UCCCUGCACGCCGUACCAGUACCGGCUGCGGGGCCCUGGCGCCUGGGCCGGUGCCAGGGAGGCCAUCCUCACCCAGCAGCAGCGCAUCCUCAAGCCCCUGCAGACACGACAUGUGGAAGAGAGCACCUCAGCCCCUGCCUUGCCCCUCAUCUUCAAGCUGGUUGGGGCCGUGGCUAUCCUGGCAGCUGUUUUUGCUUACUUGUAGGUUCCCUGCAAGUGCAGGAAGGGAGGCUUUGCACUGUGCUGUGGGACUGGCUGGCCACCCCUUCCCCUUGUCAGCCUGUGCACCCCAGUGGUGGCAGAAACCUUCCUCCUGCCUGGCACGGCCCAGCUGUGACCACACCAGGAGCUAGGGAUGCACUGAACCUCCCCAGCUGCCAAAAUAAUUCUUAGGCUUCCGUUCUGCACCUCCCCUUGGGGAGUGCCAUCAUGGACAGAGGAGGAAACCUACUCGCUGCAGGCUAAAUUCCAAUCUGUCUCAGCCAGCGCUCCGGGUUUUUCUGCCCCUGUAACCCAGCCGUGCCAAUUUUGCCACACGCUCACCAGAGCUAUGCAGUAAAAGCACAGCACACUUUCUAAGUGGAUAAAUGCAUUAAACAGCCAAGUGUCUGUCCUGUUACUGACACCAUCACGACCCUCCAUGUGCUGUGGGAAUGCUCACUGGUUUGAGAUCAGCCUCAUAGUGCUGGCCCACUACAGCAUGGGCUGAUGUACACACACCUUCCACAGCAAGGCAGUCUCUCUCAAGGUGUGUGCCACUGCAGCGGGUCUGGUGGUCACAGUGGCAUGGCUCAGUGCCACCCUGGUCACCUGCAUGCGGCCCCUCUGGAAGGUGGCUGGGCAGGCUGUGGACCCUGAGUGGGUAAAGGAUGGGGGUGCUGUUCAUCACACGCCUGGGCUGAUCAUCCAGCCCCUCAUCCCCCAGGUUUGUUUUCUGUGCCACAACCUGCUGAAAUCUGAAGCACAGCCACAUCUCUGCCCUGCUCGGGAAGUCCCGAGACAAUGUCGGCAUCAUGAAACACUUACAGAACUCAAUGUGCCUCUUGCAGAAGGCAGGUGCAAUCCAGGAGGUGUGGCAGGGUGGUGGGGGGAACCUGUAGAUCAUGUCUGGAAGGAACACCUCUUGUGACACCUCAGCCACCCACAGGAAGCACAAGGAUAGCCACUCCUAAACUGAGCAGCACCAGGCAGCCUCCCUUGGGGGACACACCUGGCUCUGUACUCCUGGCCACAGCUUGUCCAGCAGCCCUGCCACCACCACACCGGGGGACAUGGCUGCCCGGAGAGUAGCCAUCAUCGGUGCUGGUGCCUCUGGCCUGUGUGCCCUGAAAUGCUGCCUGGAGGAGGGGCUGGAGCCCACCUGCUUUGAGAGGAGCAAGGACAUCGGGGGCCUCUGGCGCUUCGAGGAGCACCCCGAGGACGGCCGUGCCAGCAUCUACCGCUCCGUCAUCAUCAACACCUCCAAGGAGAUGAUGUGCUUCAGCGACUUCCCCAUCCCCGACGACUUCCCCAACUACAUGCACAACUCCAAGAUCAUGGAAUACUUCCGCAUGUACGCCCGGCACUUCGACCUGCUGCGCCACAUCCGCUUCAGGACCAGCGUGUGCCGCGUGUCCAAGCGCCCCGACUUCGGCAGCAGCGGGCAGUGGGAGGUGCUGACGGAGAGCGAGGGCAAGCAGGAGGCGGCCGUCUUCGACGCCGUGCUGGUGUGCAGUGGGCACCACACUGACGCACAUCUCCCGCUCAGCUCCUUCCCAGGGCUGGAAAAGUUUGAGGGCUGCUACCUGCACAGCCGGGACUACAAGAGCCCUCAGCCCUUUUUGGGAAAACGGGUGGUCGUGGUUGGCAUUGGGAAUUCAGGCAUCGACAUUGCAGUGGAGCUGAGCCAUGCAGCCAAGCAGGUUUUCCUCAGCACCAGGCGUGGGUCCUGGGUGCUGCACCGGCUGGCCAACAGCGGGUACCCGUUUGAUUUCAGCUACAUCAGUCGCUUCACACAGCUCCUCCAGAACCUGCUGCCUCGAAACAUCAUCAGUUUCUUCCUGGAGUGGAAGCUGAAUGCCCGCUUUGACCACACACUCUACGGCCUAAAGCCCAAGCACCGGAUCCUAGAGCAGCACCCCACCAUCAACGAUGAUCUGCCCAACCGCAUCAUUUCGGGCAGGGUGAUGGUGAAACCAAACGUCCAGGAGUUCACAGAGACAUCUGCCAUCUUUGAGGAUGGCACCAGGGAAGACAUUGAUGCUGUGGUUUUUGCCACGGGAUACAGCUUCUCCUUCCCAUUCCUUGAGGGCUUCAAGGUGGUGGAGAACCAGAUUCCCCUCUACAAAUACGUGUUCCCCCCUGACCUGGAGAAACCAACACUGGCUUUCAUCGGCCUCGUCCAGCCCCUGGGUGCCAUCAUGCCCAUCUCCGAGCUCCAGUGUCGCUGGGCCACCCGUGUCUUCAAAGGGCUGAGUGAGCUGCCCCUGCGGCAAGACAUGGAGGCUGACAUUGAGCAGAAGAAAGAAGCCAUGGCAAAACGGUAUGUGAAGAGCCAGCGGCACACCAUCCAGGUGGAUUACAUCCCUUACAUGGACGAGCUCGCCUGCCAGCUGGGGGUCAAGCCCAGCCUGCUCACGCUGUUCCUCACAGACCCCAAGCUGGCAGUGGAGGUGGCCUUUGGUCCCUGCACGCCGUACCAGUACCGGCUGCGGGGCCCUGGCGCCUGGGCCGGUGCCAGGGAGGCCAUCCUCACCCAGCAGCAGCGUGUGGUCAGGGCCCUGCAGCCACAGGCCUGCCGCCAUGCCCGCUCCAGCGCCGCGCCCCACACCCUCACGGUGCUCUUCAGCAUCGCCAUGAUUGCAGCCACCCUCAUCUACGUCUCGCUCUCUCCUUAA